CCUUGCAACCUCAGUUGGCUUAUAGAGGUUUUCUAGUGAGGCAGAGUGUUUGCCUUUGAGAAAACAACUUUUUCUCACUUUCUAAGCUUUCCCAAGACUUUAAAAGUUUGUGAAAAUGGAAGUGGAUAGUGCUAAGGAAGCCACAAAGAUGGAAACUGAGGAGCAGCCGGAGCAGAACCAUGAGCACGAAGAGGAAGAAGAUUUCAAUCGAUUUCAAGGGGGUCGUGGCGGAUUCCGGGGACGUCCAUGGGGUCCUCCACCUCGUUUCGGGGGCCGUGGCUAUGGGCCCGGUGGUGGAAUGAUGCGUGGCCGAGGUGGAGGGCAGCCAUUCUACCACCGAGGACGCGGUGUUGGCCCCCCGGGUCGUUUCCAGGGUCCCAACUACGAUCACAACUGGAAUCCCAUGGGGCAACCGCCGUACAUGAAUGGGCCACCAGGAAUGAAUCCUCAUAUGCCCUACGGCGGUCCUCCGGGAAUGCAAGCACCACCGGUGAUGCAGGAACUCUGGGUGGAGACGAAGACAGAGGAAGGCAAGUCCUACUACUAUCAUGCUGUCAGCCGGGAAACCACCUGGACACGCCCUGAAGGGCCACACAUCAAAAUCAUGACACAAACUGAAGUUGAGGCUCUCAAUGCCAAAAGUACUCCCAAUCAGGCAGCUGCUGCUCAGCCGGCGGCUGAGGCACAGCCGGCUGAAGCAGCUGCGCCUCAAACUGCAGAGUCUCAGGCUGACGCUGCAGCUCCGGCCACUGAAACUCCUCAGAAUGGGGCAAAGGCACCUGAAGCGAAGGAAGAGCAGCCACAGAAAAGUCCUGUGGCUGCUCAGGCUCAGGUUCAGGCUCAAGCUCAAGCUCAGGCUCAGGCUCAGGCGCCAGCUGUGGCUGCCGUUCAGCCGCCUCAGCAAAUGAUGCAGCCGCCGUUUAUGAAUGCCCCGCCGCCUCAGUAUAACCAACAACCGCCGUUCGCAAUGCCUCCGCCGGGUUUUCACGGAUUCCCACCGACGCAAUGGGGUGUUCCGCCCAAUAUGCCGUGGGCUCUCCACGAAAACGACAAGAAGGUGGCAGAUAUCGAUCCAGCUCUUCUGGCCAAGGCGGCUGAGUGGACUGAGCACAAGGCUCCCGAUGGUCGGCCCUACUAUUACAAUGCCGCCAAGGCUGAAAGUGUCUGGGAGAAGCCUCAAGCUCUUAGGGAUCUGGAUGCUGCUCGGAUGGCUGCCCAGACCAACUCCAUGCACCAUCAACCGUUGAUGCAGCCGCCGCUGGUGCAGCAUCAGGUGCCGCCUCCCAAUGUGGUGCAGCAGCAGGGAAGCGUAGUGUUUGAUCCUCUGGGAUUUGUGGUAAAGCCACAGCAGGAGGCAGCUGGGAAGAAAGACGAGGAAUCAGCGGAGGCUAAGGCUGAAAAGAAGAGAAAAGCCGAAGCGGAGCGGAAAAAGAAGGAAGAAGAGGAGAAGGCAAAAGCCGCCAAGUUACAGGAUAAAACCAGACCGAUUUCCAGUACUCCGAUCAGCGGGACACCAUGGUGCGUGGUGUGGACUGGCGAUGGAAGGGUCUUCUUCUACAAUCCCUCGACGAGAACAUCUGUCUGGGAACGUCCAGAGGAUCUUCUGGAGCGUGCCGAUGUCGAUAAGGCUGUUUCGACGCCUCCUGAGCAAUUGGUAAAUGUUACUCCAGGUACAACGGCUGCAAAGGCUGAGGAAUCGGAAAAGCAACUGACGGAAUCGCCGAAGAAGAGAUCAGAGUCCGAGACGAGCGAUGACAGUGACGAGACUCCGAAUAAAAAAGCAAAGAUUGACGAAGAAGCGUCCGGCGCUGGAGGAAAAAUCGGUGAGAAGAAGAUUGGUGUGGACAUUGGGAAAGAGGCAGCCAUUGAAGCAGAGGUGAGAGCUUCACGUGAACGUGCCCUCGUGCCACUGGAAACACGUGUCAAGUCAUUCAAGGAGAUGCUCAAGGAGAAAGAUGUUUCAGCUUUUAGUACAUGGGAAAAGGAAUUACACAAAAUUGUCUUUGAUCCCAGAUAUUUGCUGCUUACGUCCAGGGAGCGCAAGCAAGUCUUCGAGAAGUAUGUGAAGGAGCGCGCUGAGGAGGAGCGUCGUGAGAAGAGGAACAAAAUGAGGCAGAAACGCGAAGAUUUCAGGGCUCUCAUGGAGUCUGCCAGUUUGCACGGAAAAUCUUCAUUCACAGAUUUUGUGCAGAGAUUCUCAAAGGAUGACCGUUUCAAGGCCAUUGAGAAAGUACGUGAACGCGAGGGACUAUUUAAUGAAUUCAUUGUGGAUCUGAGAAAACGGGAAAAGGAGGAUAAAAUUCACAAAAAGGAACAGGUGAGAAAGGAUUUUAUUGAGAUGCUCAAGGAUCAUCCCGAAAUUGACAGACACUGUCGAUGGGUGGAUGUAAAGAAGAGAAUUGAGACGGAUUCGAGGUAUCGGGCUGUUGAGAGUGGAGUUAUGAGGGAGGAUUACUUCCACGAGUACUGUCGCAUUGUCAAGGAGGAAAAGAAGCGUGCUAAGGAGAAGGAAAAGGAGAAGGACAGGGAGAGGGACAAGGAGCGCGAGAAGGAGAAAAAGGAAAAGAAAGGUAAGCGUGAUAAGAGCAAGGACCGUGAGAAAAAGCGUCGGGACAGUCACAAGGACAGCAGCGACAGGGGUAGGGAUUCAUCGGUGGACCAGGAAGAAGGAGAACAUCCACCCACGUCGGAUGACGAAACGGACAGGCAGCAGAAGGAGCGUGAGCGUCAGAUCCGGGCAGAGGCGAGUAUCAAGGAGCGCGAGAAGGAGGUACAACGUACUUUGGCGACACAUUUGAGGGAUAGGGACAAGGAGCGGGAACAUCACAAGAGAGAUGAGGCUAUUCGGCACUUUACAGCCCUGCUGGCGGAUUUGGUGAGGAAUGCCGAUCUUACGUGGAAGGAAGUGAAGAAGCAACUGCGGAAGGAUCAUCGAUGGGAACUCGUGGAGCAGUUGGAACGCGAGGAUAGAGAGAGACUUUUCAAUGAUCACAUUAAUAAUCUCACGAAGAAGAAGAGGGACAAGUUCCGGGAGAUGCUUGAUGAGUUAAUUCAACUGGAGUUGACUAGCUCAUGGAAGGAAAUCAAGAAGGUCAUCAAGGAAGAUCCUAGAUACUUGAAGUACAACAGCAGCGAAAGGUGUGAACGAGAAUUCCGGGAGUAUAUCAAGGAUAAGACAGUGGAGGCAAAAUCUGCCUUCCGAGAGUUACUGCAGGAGUGCAAAUUGAUCACUCACAAGAGUUUUGACAUUCUCAAGGAUAAUCCCAAUCACCUGAAGGAGAUUGAGGAUAUACUCAAGAAUGAUAAGAGAUAUCUCGUUCUUGAGCAUAUUGCUCAUGAGAGAACACAAAUGAUUCUACAUUAUCUCGAAGAUCUCUUCAAACGUGGACCUCCUCCGCCACCCACAGCUAGUGAGUCCACGAGGAGGAAGUAAAGUUUUUCUCCAGAAAUUUCGAAGGAUUUUUGCUCUUCAAUAAAUUUUUCUUGAUCCUU